GUGUGUGCGUGUAUGUGCUUGUGUGUGUGCAUAUUCGACUUAGAUGUGUGUAGUAAUACUGCAGCGGUUUCCUCACCCUCACUCCCCUCUCAGCACAUGGACUGGACAAUCAGGCUGCUGAACCUCACACCCGACGGGAACCACGUUUUGGAUCUGACUUGCUGCUCUCAUGUUGCCUUCCUCCCUAUCGAACCAUCUCUGCUCUUAGUUUUUAUUCCACCCAGGGUGGUGCAACCCUCCCCACAUCCCUCUAAAAAUACCCUCCUCUGAACCCUUCUUAUUGAAUAUUUUUCUCACUUGGCAACCACUGAGUUUCCUCAGCCAAGCAUCCAGUUCCUCCCUUAUUUGAAAUUAAUUUAUUGGACUGCAACACUGAGACAGGGAAAGGAUUGGGAGUUUAUUUAAAUUUUUCUUCUCCCCGUGCAACGGAGCAAUGAAAUUUCCAAUUGAGACUCCAAGGAAACAGGUGAACUGGGAUCCUCAAGUGGCUGUUCCUGCGGCAGUGUCGGCUUGUCAGCCCAAGACUCCAACUAACGGUCACCGUCCGGCUCCGCGUCUCUCCAUCACCUCUAGGGCCACGGUGGUUGCCAGGAUGGAAAGCACUUCCCAGGGCUUGCAAACAGUCAUGAAGUGGAAAACCGUGGUGGCUAUCUUUGUGGUCGUGGUGGUCUACCUGGUCACCGGCGGUCUUGUCUUCCGAGCCCUGGAGCAACCUUUUGAGAGCAGCCAGAAAAAUACAAUCGCCUUAGAGAAGGCAGAUUUCCUUCGGGAUCAUGUCUGUGUGACCCCUCAGGAGCUGGAAACCCUGAUUCAGCACGCUCUUGAUGCUGACAAUGCUGGCGUGAGCCCAGUAGGAAAUUCUUCUAACAACAGCAGUCACUGGGACCUUGGAAGUGCCUUUUUCUUUGCUGGAACAGUCAUCACAACCAUAGGGUAUGGAAAUAUUGCUCCAAGCACUGAAGGUGGCAAAAUUUUCUGUAUUUUGUAUGCCAUAUUUGGGAUUCCACUCUUUGGCUUCCUAUUAGCCGGAAUUGGAGAUCAGCUUGGGACUAUCUUUGGAAAAAGCAUCGCAAGAGUGGAAAAGGUCUUUCGAAAAAAGCAAGUGAGUCAGACAAAGAUCCGAGUGAUCUCCACCAUCCUGUUCAUCUUGGCAGGCUGCAUUGUAUUUGUAACGAUCCCUGCAGUCGUUUUUAAAUACAUUGAAGGUUGGACGGCUUUGGAAUCCAUUUACUUUGUAGUUAUCACCCUAACCACUGUUGGCUUUGGUGAUUUUGUGGCAGGGGGUAAUGCUAACAUCAAUUAUCGGGAAUGGUACAAGCCAUUGGUGUGGUUUUGGAUCCUGGUGGGCCUUGCCUACUUUGCUGCUGUCCUCAGUAUGAUCGGAGACUGGCUACGGGUUCUGUCCAAAAAGACAAAAGAAGAGGUUGGUGAAAUAAAAGCCCAUGCAGCAGAGUGGAAAGCCAAUGUGACAGCAGAAUUUAGAGAGACACGGAGGCGCUUGAGUGUCGAGAUUCACGAUAAACUGCAGAGGGCGGCGACUAUUCGGAGCAUGGAGCGCCGGCGCUUGGGGCUGGACCAGAGGGCCCACUCACUAGACAUGCUCUCUCCAGAGAAGCGCUCUGUCUUUGCAGCGCUGGAAACUGGGAGGUUCAAAGCCUCAUCUCAGGAAAGCAUCAACAACAGACCUAACAACCUGCGCCUUAAAGGGACAGACCAUCUGAAUAAACACGGGCAGGGCGCGUCUGAGGAUAACAUCAUCAACAAGUUUGGGUCCUCUUCCAAGUUAACUAAGAGGAAAAACAAAGACCCCAGAAAGAGCCUCCCUGAAGACGUUCAGAAGAUUUACAAGACUUUCCGAAAUUACUCUUUGGAGGAAGAGAAAAAGGAAGAGGAGACUGAGAAGAUGUGUAACUCGGAUAACUCAAGCACAGCAAUGCUGACCAAUUGCAUCCAGCAGCAUUCUGAAAUGGAGAAUGGACUGGUACCCACUGAAACCAAAGAAAGGGAACAUGAAAACAAAGCAUUACUUGAAGACAGAAAUUAAAUGUAAAAGAUGUUGGACAUUGAUUUAAUAACGCUAAUUUUUUUAUAGAGACAUAUUGAGACAUGUGCCUUAUACAGACUUAUUAGUCCGAAUUACAUAGCAUUGAAGAUUGUUUCACUGUGCCAUAAAUGACUGAAGGCUUGCUCUGCCAAAAUGAAUCAAAGUACUGCAUUUUAAAUGGUGACAGUGGACAACACAUCACAAAUUUCAGCAUGUAUGAGGUUACCAUGGUGAAAUGUUAAGGGAGAGAGUUGCCAUGGCAAUACAGUUGGAGGGUUCCUACUUUGGUAUAAUUGUCGAAGGGCAGAUAUUCUUUAGAAAGAAAAGACUGAGAACCGUGAAUCUUUUCAAAAGAUUACAGCAUCCUGAACUCCAUGUUAUUGCUAUAUCUAUAUGAAUGCAUACACACACACAUAUCUAAGUGGAAAGGAGUAAGGUAAGAUCAGUGGAUGGCAUUCACUGAGCGCUAAUUGUGUGCAGAGCCCUGUACUAAUUGCUCAUGAGAGUACAAUACAACAGAGUUGGUAGACACAUUUCCUGCCAAAGGGAGCUUACAUGGUGGCUUACUAGAGAUUAAGUUUACAUUUUGGCACAUACUUUAAGCUUAAAGUUUUACCCCCAAACUCCAGAUUCAUAGUUUUUCUAAACUCCAAAAAAAUUUCUAUGGAAACCAACACUGGCAGGCAGAAGAUAAGAGCAGAUGUACUUAAAAGGUGUGAUUGCUUUUCUCAUAAAUAAGGAAAAACAAAAACAUCACACUGUAGAUAUUACCUGAAAGUGACAAAACCGUGACUGAAUUUUUCUUCUUUUUGAGAGGGACCCAACAAUUGCACAUGUUGACAGAACCCUGACAUCAACUACUCUAUGGUUUAAAAUUUCAUCUCAUUUUAUCUCAGUUUUAAAAAAGUGGGCAAGCUGGUGUUAAAUCUAUCUGCCCUCCCUCAUGGUAGAACUUAGGUUUUAAAGUGGUCAUAAUAUGAAAAAAUGAAAGCUUCUGCCGUGCAGGUUAUCCGUGACUUGUUGUUCUGUGUAGCUAAAGUUGAAUUUUACAGAAAUAUACACCAUUCACUUUUGAUAUUGAGAGGUCAACCUUGACAUUAUUGGAGUCUGACACUUUUCUGACCUUUUGGUGAAUUAGGACUCAGCUAUAAGCUCCAGACACCUUACCCCAAAGGGAAAGAGAAGCAUACCUAUCCAUCAGGUUCAAAAUAUUAUAAGUACUUACAGCUUAAAUGCCAUUCAUAACAUCACAUUUCAUAACUCUUUAAACAAGUAUUUUGAAUACUCUGAUUUUAGGUUUGGGCUUCCUUCCCUUGAUCUCCACUUUCAUGAUCCUUUCCUCCUCAGAAUCUUAACCCCAAUUGUGACUAUUGUUUCAAGGCAAACAAUAAAAAGUAACCAAAA